AUGUUCCAGGAAGAUUUCAGGAACAUGACUGAAGGAACCAGGAACAGCAGUGACUCCUCUUCCGCCUUCGUUCACACCAGCACCGUGAGUGCCAUACUGGUCACUGUCUACUUGGUUGCCUUGGCUGGAGGUGGAAUUGGGUCCAUCACAAUGUCCUUUGUGCUGCUCAAGAUGAACACUCUGUCUGUGACCACGACUGCCAUCAUUAACCUGGUGGUUGUGCACAGCCUCCUCCUCUUCACGGUGCCCUUCCGCCUGCACUACUACGUCAAAAAGAAGUGGGUCUUUGACAUGCCAUUUUGCAAGAUGGUGAGUGCCAUGGUGCACAUCCACAUGUACCUGACCUUCAUAUUCUAUGUGAUCACGCUGGUGAUCCGGUGGCUCGUCUUCUUUCAGUGGAAGGACAAGGUGGAGUUUUACAGGAAGCUGCACGCCAUUGGGGCGAGCGCUGCCGUGUGGCUCUUCGUCAUGGUCUUUGGGGUGCCACUCUUCUACUUCGAGUAUGGACGCUCAGGCUUGUACAAUAAUACAACAUGCUUCAAGUUCCACAAAGAGCUACAGCACGAGAGUGUGAAAGCCCUGAACUACACCCUAAUUGUAGCUGUUGCCCUCAUUUCUUGUGUCCUCUUGAGCUUGCAGAUUUUUAUCCUUGUAAAAGUGGCAAGAAAAUUUUCCACCUCCCUCUGUUCACACCAAGAAUUCUGGGCCCAGGUGAAAAACUUGAUUUUCAUCUGGAUCAUCAUAAUUUGGUUCCUUCCCUAUCACCUGUUCAGGGCCUACUACAUACAGUAUGUGAGUGAUUUUGACCAGUUAGAAAGCUACAACGAGGUUUUUUUGAGCCUGACUGCCCUGAGCUGUCUGGACCUGCUGUCAUUUGUGCUGAGUGGAAGCCGCUUCUUCAAGCAAAAUGUGGGGAUGCUCCACAGGAGGUUGUUUUGCUGCUAG